AGAGAGAGAGAGAGAGAAUUGUUCAUUCAAUCGAGAUUUGCGAAGUUCUACCUCCGCCUGGGCCUUCUAUAUAUGGCCCGGCAGAGAAUUGUUUUCUCAAUUUCUCGGCCACGUGUUUGUUUACAUCCGGGCACUGCGGAAGCUGAGCGAAAACCUGUGUCGUUCAACCCAAGAGCAAGUCUCCUUCGUGUAAUAGUUGUAAUGAACCUCCUCGGAGUGGGCAUCCAAACGUAGCUUCAAUUAUGAGUGCAGUGAACAGAAGAACAUAUAAUGGGCCCGACCACGUCCCCAACCCAACGGCAACAGGUGCAGAACAUUCAUCAGCUUAGAAGUACUACAUAUUAAGACAAAUAAAGAUCUUACAAAGCUCAAAAUUGAUAGGUAUCAAAUAAAUUCUCCAGUCAACGAAAGAAGAGCCAAGAAAAAAUAGAUCCAGGAAAUAUAGACCUCAAAAGUCUGAAAUCUUAUAAAAGAAGAAGAAAGAAGUCUGCUUCAUCUGCUAGGCUAGUUUCUAGGUUUGCUGAACUUAACCAUGGACUUGAAAAAGGAGCCAACUGACCACAAAUGCAGAAGUACUGCAUUUUAAGACUACAAUACAGUACUCAAGAAUAAUAGACAAAAAUUAAGUUAGAGAAACAGAUCCAGAGAAUAAAAUCAGCAUUAAUACAGUCUAAACCUUAGUGAAGUCAGUGAAAUUUGUGGAAUAAAGAUGUCAUCUUGUAAUUGUACAGCCACCGAGUCAGGUGUAUUAAGAAACCAGAUAAGGCAAGCAAGAAAUGAACUGAAGAACUUAAGGAAAACUAUUCAAGGUCUUCAGGCUCAGUAUAAAAAAGAUGUAUCAAGACUGGAAGAACUAUUAAAAUUUAGCAAAUUUCCAGAAAGUGACAGGGAACCAGGGAAUAAUAAGAAGGAAUACAUUAAGCAAGAACCCCAUUUUGAAAAGUGGCAGCCUAUAGGUCACAUUAAAAGCUGGUUUCGUCACAAGAAUGGAACACCAAGGCAGGGUAGUGUAACGACACUAAGCCGAGGAAUGCUAAAAAUUGAUAAGGAUGUGUUUAACAACCCUCAUCAUUCAUUGGAAGGCUUAGAUGAAUACUCCCACAUUUGGAUUUUCUUCAUCUUCAACAAAAAUGGUGAAACUAAAGAUGGAAAUCAUGCAAAGUCCAAGGUUGCACCUCCAAGGUUGAAUGGGAAACGGAUUGGUGUUUUUGCCAGUAGAUCUCCUCACCGUCCCAAUCCUAUAGGCCUAACAUUAGCACAUGUAGAAUAUAUUGAAGGGGACUGCAUUUACUUGUCAGGACUGGAUAUCUUGGAUGGAACACCAGUGGUAGAUAUUAAACCUUACAUUCCUGAGUAUGAUUGUCCACAGCCUGAAGGUUUGGGUGCUAGUCCAUCUUUCUCUGACUAUGAAGUUAAUAAGAACACAAACAUCUUAAAUGAUGAUGCAUUUAGUAUUCAAGGUUUUAAGUCAGACACUGAGGUUCAGAGGGUGAACAAUACUAAUUUGGAAAGUAGCCUACCAGUCAGUGAAAGAAAAAGUGGAAACAAAGAAAGUGUCUACCCUGAAAAAGAUGUGGUGAGAAGAGACAUUGGUGUGAAGAAUUAUCAGCAAGUGACAACAGCAGAAUGGCUCCACAAUGUACAUUCAUCAUCAUUACAAGUAAUAUAUAAUCCCAUUGCAGCAGAUGAAAUCAAGAGAUUUUCAGCAACUACAGAAGAUGAGCCUCACAGACUUGAGUUCCUCAGAAACGACGAAGAAUUAAAAGAUGCAAUUAGUAGUGUGCUCAGUGAGGAUCCAAGAUCAAUUUAUCGACGGAAAAAGUGCUCGUCUUUGCUCUAUUAUUUGACAGUGGACACAGCCCAUGUGACAGCUUGGUUUGAUGAUACAACUGUGGAGGUGCUGCGUGUGAAACCAGUCAAAAAUGUUGCAGUCAUGGAAGAAAAUUGUGAUACGUGAAUUAUAAAACACAAUUUAUUCUUGCCAGAUGAGCCAUUGAAAAUUGUAAACAUUAUUAAUAAUUAUUGACUUUACAGAAUCAUAAGUUUGCACUCUUGGAUGCAAUGUAGUUACUUAAUGUAUUGAUAACUAUAAUGCUAUGUAUAAAAGGUUCAAUAAACAAAAAGUAUACA